AUGGUUUAUUCAAAACCACUAAAUACUCUCGUCGUCCUUGCUCUCUUAUCAUUUGCUAACGGCUUUGACUUCCUAGGUGAUUGAAGUCUAACAAAAUCAACAGGAGAUAUAGCUCUGAAAUAUUUUUAUGAUGGCCCUGGGCUGGGAGAAUGCAGAGCAACUCGCCGAUUUGAUUCUCCAGUUCAAGCUGAAGAACGAAUUCUUGAGUUGAGUCAUAUUCUCCAAGCCCAGGACCAUCUAAACUGGUUUUCUGGGAUAUAUAAUCUCUCGCUUUAUCAAUAGUCAAAGUGGUUCCGAUCCUUAUCUAAGUGCAGAUUCUAAUAUUGAUUUAAGCUCGUAUGUUAGCUGUAGCUCAAUGAGCCUGAGCGGUGAUCAAACCUGGAGUUUAACAACAGACGGAUCCAGCUUAGUCAAUCCUACGGGGCAUGCAGUUGGAUUUUGGGUAAACUUUGAAUCAACUAUAAGCACAAAAGUUUUUCAAUUCGGAAUUAGCGGCGGCCCACACUAUAUCGUCUCAUCAACUGAGAAUGGCAUCUUAAAAGCUUCUUUUGUUUCAGCCUCUGAAACAACUGAUUCAGCUAAUGACGUUUUUAUAACUGUGCAUUUAAGUAAUUUUUAUGUAGGCAAGUGGCUCUUUAUUGCGUUUAACUUUGCUAAUGUUAACCCAAACCCUGUCCAAUUUGAGGUUGUAUGAAUAGGCUAUGACGUAAUUUCCAUAAAUUCAGGCAGCUCAGUUGUUGCUUUUGAUAUGCCUAAUGGAGAAUUCUUUUUUGGAAGUUCAAUUAAGGGAAAGUUCCAUAGGGUUAUUCUUACAAUUUCUGCUAGCAUAAAUAGCUCUUUUGAUAAUAUAGGAUUAUUCGAUGGCAGUAGUUACAUAAGUAUAGCAGUUCCUUGCAAUCGUGGAACUUGCAUUGAUAGUGUGUGCGCUCAAAGUUUCGGCAGUCUUACAGGCAAAAUAUGCUUAUCAUCAUUACAGUAUUGCACCGCCUGUGAUACCAACGGAUGCACUACUUGCGAUCCUGAUUCAGCUAGAGAAGAGGCACAAUAUUGCCUGGAUUGCAAGGAUUCUGGUGAUGGAAAUGUACUUAGAAAUUAUCACUGUAAUCUCUACUUAGGUUGCGCCUUAGACAAUAAUUGUGCUGAAUGCUCAAAAAUAAGUACUCAAUGCGAUGCAUGUGAAGCUGGAUACUUCCUCAAUGAUGACAGUCCCACUUCAACAUCUUGUAUUUGUAAGAUAUUAUUUAGAUUGUACCGACUCCUGCACAUAUUGCGAGCCAGGUCCUGAGUGCUAUACUUGUGCUACAGCAAUAACUCAAACAGGAACUACUUGUAGGGAAGAUUCUGUUGGAUUCCAGGUCAGCCUCGACGUUCCGAAUAUCGUACUUGACUUUGCUCAUCAACUUUCAACUGGACUGUCGAAAAGUUCAUUUAAAGCUACCUUAAACUCAGGUGCAGAUAUCUCAACAAGUGGAUGGACUUUCACUGGCUGCGUAGCAGGCGUGAAACAAUGCAAAAUUGAGGCUCCUAAUAUUCAAGAAAGCGAUCUCCCAAUUGCAAUUGACUUCGAAUUUGCUGAGGUCUAA